UAAUUAAAAGAUUUCAAAAGGCAAAAAAAAAUAUUUUUACUCUUUGAUAGAGAGGAGACUCAGCUUCCCAAAUAAUCACAAGACCUAGUAUAGACAAAACUAAAUACAAGUUAAUAACGAGGCAAAUUGAAUCUGUUUAUUUUCUCUCUUUAUGCCCCCAUUUUUUGGUUACAAUUAAUAUUAUUAUUAUAUCAUAUGAAAAUCUUAUUCAAAAGAGAAUCCCAAAUUUUAUCCCUAUCCUCAGUUUCAAGUGAGUCUUUAAUGUUCACAUUGUUGCUGGAACUGGCUGUUUCAAGUAUCCUUGAGUUAGUGAUAUCAUAGACAAUGAGUUUUACCUUAAUGUCAGUAACCUAGCAACUGCAGUUUUAAAGAAGGAAGAUGGAGAGCUUGACAGACUCUGCAUUUUAAGUGUUUAGUGGCAGAUUGACCAUUUGAGUUCUGAACUUUUCUUGAUGUAAUUUGUCCAUCAGUUUAAACAUGUGUCUAAGUACAAAGUUUCAAACCCAAGUCCAGGAACACUACAUCAGAGAAUUUUUUAAGAAUCUUAUGUCAAACCAAAUCAUACUAUAAAUGAUCUGUCCUAGGUCAAAAUGGCAUAAAAGCCCAAAUGGCAGACAGAGGAUCCCCAGUGUGUACACACAUAACAAUUUUAAAACUAGUUUUAAUUAUCAAAGGUUUCCAAAGUCACAUGAAUUAAAAGACAUUUGAGUUCUUUCUUAUGUUCUUGAUAAAACCCAGCCCCAAGAUCCUGCUCCCAGAGCUCCCAAAAGCAUGGAGGGCUUUGAUUUCAGCAUUCUUGCAAAUACUCAAAGCAAGUAGCCUCCUAGCAAAUCAUUUCAGUUUAAUUACUAGCCUGUGCUGGAUUACUGGCUGCUGGAUAUGAAGAGCUGGUUUUAAAGAUAUUGGCAAACUUUUCUCCAAGGGAUAGUGUGAGGUUUUUCUUCACUUCUCGCUCCCUGCCCAUGCCUAAACUGGCAGGCAUCCCACUAAGUUGGUCAUGGCCAUCUCAGCUGCAACAUGGAGCCCCUAUUCUGUAUACAUGCUCCCAAGCACCCUACCCACACCCUUCUUGCAAGCACUGUCUCCAUUUUAUGAACUAGCCCUCCUGCAGACACACACCAGCAAAUCCCACUCACCACAACUGGUGGAAACUAUUAAUGGGAAGCCAAUAGCGGGCGCCUAAGGGAUAGCACUUUAUGCGUUGAGCCUGAGGCAGGCAUGUUGUCACCUGGACCAGGCAUCACAAGAAGAUCAGACUUAGCUGCUGGAUAUACCUCUUGUCCCAACCCAGGAUCGCUGCAGAUCACAGCCCAGAAUCUGCAGAGGCGUGAAGCCUCAGCACAGGUGAAGCCACGGUGGUACCAGUUACCAUAGCCUUGGAGUCGAGGACUGAGAAGAACUUCAUGGUCAGUGCUUGGAUGGCGACAGAUGCUCCAAUGAACUCUAGGGAACUACCUUUCCCUGGGACAGCAGAAUGUCCUUGUCUCUGCUGCUCUCAGUUUGUAGCUCCUGACCUCUUACAGCAUGCCCAACCUCAAAAUCCCACUUGCAGCACCCAGGGGAGGAUGACUGCUCUGCUUUCAGUGUCCUUGCUGGAACUCCGAGCAAGCAGCCCCCUAGUCAUUUAUUUCAGCUUAAUUACUGCUAGCGCAUGCAAUGUGUGGCCUGGCCAUGGCCCAUUCUAAAAAAUUUUACAUGAGAAUCCCUAUGGUCAGUGUGAGGUCUUGCCCCCCUUUCCUUCCCUUCACCCCCAAAGUCAUCUUAUAAUCAACCUAGCACAGUCCCUUCCUCAGGGUAGUCACUCCACCCAAGUAGGGAGUAGUCAGCAAAGCUGUAAGUUGGGGCCGCCAUCCUGCACAUGUAUAUGCCCCCUCUUGGGGCCCCUUCUUCUCGACACCGCCCUAUUUUUUGGCCACGCCUGGUCUCUUGCGUGCCUAAGCAAGUUCCACCCACUGCAACUGUGGUACAAAGAAAGCCAAUAGGAAUCGUCUAAAGGAGAGUGGCUUGGCGUUGAACCUACCGCAGAACCCCUAUAACCAGUACCAAGCCGAGGACUAGCUCCACCCUCUGGCCACAGCUUUGGCCUCAAACCACGGAGUUUGUGUAGGCGUGUGGCAUUCCAGCCAUGGAUCAUGGGCACAACUACCAUGAUGACCCCCGCUACCACUGCCUUGGGGUGUACGAGGUAGAAGUAAGAGCCAGACCUGUUCUGGGUGCAGCAGCAUUAGCAAGAGGUGUCCACAUUGGUGAAGGAGCCCCUGGCCUAAUGGACGACGUGAACCAUGAGGUCUACUUCAACCAUGAUGGUUACAUCAACCACAGUGGUGGCUACAUUGACCCCAAUGGCUACAUCGACAAUGAUGCCUACAUCGACCAUGAUGCCUACAUCGACCAAAAUGGCUAUAUCGACCACGAGGAAGACGUGAACCGUGAGGGAGACGUGAACCAUGAGGGAGAUGUGAGCCACGAGGGAGACGUGAACCAUGAGGGAGAUGUGAACCACGAGGGCGGCAGCGGCGGCGGCAGUGGCGGGGGUGACGCCAGCGACCAGGAGCCCAGGCAGGAGCAACUGGAGAAGCCAGCCCACGCCGCUGAGCAUGAUCAGCAACCCCGAAACCGGCGCCGCCGUCGAAUCCAGCGCAAUAACUUCACAGCAUUGCAGCUGCGGGAGCUGGAAAAUGCUUUCAGAUAUACUCGAUACCCUGAUGUGCUCACAAGAAGGGAGCUUGCAAGACGCAUGGGUGUGACUGAAGAAAGAGUGCAGGUUUGGUUUAAGAAUAAAAGGGCCAAGUGGAGGAGAAAUCAGAGGGCAUCAAUGCUCAAUAACGUACCACCUGCUAUCGUGAAUCACGUUAUCGUCCUACUGUUAGAUUAGUCCUAGAAUGCCAUCCUGCUUCAGGAGCCAGAUUGGAGAUGGGUUCUUCUGGUGCCACUGACACCUGGGCUGCCCAUGUUGCCCACACUACCCUUAUCUCCUCUGCACUUAUAUUAUCAAUAAAGAUGUGAAUUCUCAAUACAUUUCUUCUUGUGUGCCAAUUGUGGUUAGUAGGGGAUAGAUAAAAAAUUGUUAAGGAAAUGCCAUUUAAACAGAAUAAUAAGAUCUCCU